AUGUUGACUUUUAGAGACUUUUUUUUUACCUUUUUUGAGGAGUUGGCAUGGAAACCGUUGAACAUACCACACCUCAUCGCACCACACCUCACGAAGCGACGCCGCGCCGGCUGCAUCUACUACUGGAAGGUGGCGCUACUGUCGCAUGGCGCAGCCGGCGGCGGGGGGCGGCGGGCGGAGUUAGCGCGGUGGGUGAGAGCGCGAUUCACCAAGGGACAUGUGCCAUCUCACCUCCAGCAAGAAAACGUGGCGACAUUGAGCCUGUACUCGGUGGACGUCGAACAAAUGCAGGCGGCGAUUGGAGUUUGCGUCACAGCUGUCGAUGUCGACGGUGACGACCCCGGUGACCUCGCUGGCAGCAGACGACUUCUCGGGACAAGUGGCGUCCUCUAUAGUCUGUGUCCACCGCGCAACGAUGAGGUCAUAGAGGAAUUUUGGCACGAUGCCAGAGCGAAACUUCGCUUGCUCCUGGAAAGCAAACCUUGCAAGCCACGCGUCCCCCUGGUGGUGAUGCUGCUCGACUGGCCGCUGGUGGAUGGACGCGUUCCCACCGAGGACGUUGAGGAGGGACUGCGGUUGCCCGGGGCAACGGGCAACGCGACGACGUGCGCACACCACGUCUUUAACGUUGCCGGCGACGUGCAGCAGCCGGUUGCCACGGAUACGAUGGAGACAGCUGUGUCGUGGUUGUCAGCGCAUGCGCCCUCUAUACCCGACCUCGAGCGACGACCGCUCGCUGAGUUCGUUGAGGAAGGUCUCUCGCGACAUUUCUACCAGCCGGUCUACGAGAACCUAGCAGAGCGCAGGCAGGCCGGUCUGUUACAGCAGGUGUGUGUGAAGCAACUCCCACGCUACACGGAAACUACGCGGAUACGCGACUACGCGGAUAAUAUAGAUAGAUAA